AUGACUGCAGGGGACCAGCAGGAAUGGGACGGGGUACUGUUCUCGCCUGCGCCAUAUCUAUCUAGCUCCUCCAAUGUCGCGGCUAUGAGGAAGGUGGUUCAGCAGCUCCAGCUGGAAGCCCGGCUGAACUGCGUGAAGGUUUCCCAAGCAGCUACAGACUUAAAACAAUUCUGUCUGCAGAAUGCUCAGCAUGACCCCUUGCUGACCGGAGCGUCUUCAAGUACGAAUCCCUUCAGACCUCAGAAAGUCUAUUCCUUUUUGUAG